UGUCAAUCGCCGGCAUCAUCUUCCUCGCCACUCCAUUUCGCGGCAGCGAUGCAGCUCAACAGGCCCAGUGGGGCGUGCUUGUCUACGGUAUCAUGGGACGCCAGAGUUCGCGUCAGCUCGUUGAUGACCUUAACAGUCAAGAUAAAGAGCUUCGAAAAAUAACACAGUCAUUUGCCGAGAUCGCAGGGCCUGAGUCGGUCCAAAUUCCCCUACGCUGCUUUUACGAAACCAAGAAGACAGAGCUACUAAGACGCCUUCUCCCCCCAAGUUCAGCAUCUUGGCUUGGCACUUUCCAAAAGAAGUCUCAAAAAAUACUUGUUUCUGAGAGCUCUGCAUGCCUUGACACAUUUGAGCGACAUGGUCUCAACGCGACCCAUUCCGGCAUGAACAAGUUUCCUGGCCCCAAAGACGCGAAUUUUCAGCAAGUCAAAGAAGCUAUCAAGAAGCUUGCAGACGAUGCUUCGUCAACUGUCAAAAACAGACAAAAAUCUUCGCAUACACGCCAUUUCAUCGUCCCAUUCGGUCGCAAUCACGACUUUGUUGGUCGUGAAUCGAUUCUGCACGACAUUGUCAGCCGAGUUCCACCUGAUCUAGACAAUGACGACUGCCAACGAACCGCAAUAGAAGGCCUCGGUGGGGUCGGCAAGACCCAGGUUGCUCUCGAGGCCAUCUACCAGGUCCACGAAACACACGACUGUUCCAUUUUCUGGGUCCCAACUAUCAAUACCACCAGCUUCGAAAACGCCUACCGUGAAAUCGGGCGGCAGCUAGGCAUUCCAGGACUCGACAACGAUCAGGCGGAUGUCAAGACCUUAGUGAAGCUAGCACUCAGCAGUGAAACUGCUGGCCCAUGGCUAUUGGUGAUUGACAAUGCCGACGACAAGGAGCUCUUGUUCGGCGAUGAAGGCCUCUGCAAAUAUCUCCCGUUCAGCAGGAAGGGUUCAAUUCUAUUUACCACGAGGAAUCACGAGGUUGCAUCAAAUCUGGACAUCCCAACGACGAAUAUCCUCAACAUGGCCGAAAUGAACAGUAGCGAGGCUACGCAGCUCCUGCACAACAACUUGAGAGAGAGUCAGACACGCGAUAUGCAGAGUCCAGGAAGCCUUGUUGCUUGUCUUGCUUAUCUUCCAUUGGCUAUCAAGCAAGCAUCCUCGUACAUGGCCAAGACAGGGAUGUCGACUACCAAGUACCUCGACUACUUCCGGUCCGGCGAUAAGACUCGAAUUAAGCUACUGAGCAGAGAUUUCGAGGAUCGCAGUCGCUACGAUACCAUCCGAAACCCGAUAGCUGCAACCUGGAUCAUCUCGUUCGACCACAUCUUGAGAGACGCACCACUCGCUGCAGAGUACCUGAAAUUUAUAUGCCUCCUCGCCGAGAAGGAUAUUCCAGUUUCACUACUGCCUCGAGGAGAGGAUGACCUUGCGGCAGAAGAGGCAAUAGGCACGCUGAAGGGCUACGCAUUCAUCACUGAGCGGGAAGACUCAAGUUCUUUCGAUAUCCAUCGACUUGUCCGACUAGCCAUGCGCAACUGGCUAGAGGAGGAGGGGGAGUGGACACAAUGUUUUACGAUCGUGAUUCAACAGCUCGCAAGAGUGUACCCAACCUCACAACAUGAGAACAAAGAGGUAUGGACAGAGUACCUACCGCAUGCCCAGGCUUCACUUGAGGGUCGAGGCGAAUGUAAGGAUGAAAAUGCUUUGCACAGACUUCUUGCCAGGGUUGGAAACUGUUACGGUUACCUCGGAAAGUUGCAGGUAAGUAUGGAGAUACAACAGCAGACACUGGAGCUCAGUACUAGGGUCUUCGGCCCAGAACAUCCCAAUACACUCGGCAGUAUGAAUAACCUUGCAAUAACGCUUAGGAAGCAUGGCAAGUAUGUUGCUGCUAAAUCGAUGCACCGGCAAACGCUGGAGCUUAGGAAAAGAAUAUUGGGCCCAGAACACCCCGGUACACUUGCCAGUAUGUAUGGCCUCGCGUCUGUACUUAGCAGUCAACGCAAGUAUGUUGCUGCUGAGCGGAUAUUGCAGCAAACACUAGACCUUCAAAGGGUGGUACUGGGCCCAGAGCACCCCGACACACUCAGAAGUAUACAUGGCCUUACACUUUCCCUUGAGAUGCAGGGCAAGCAUAAUACUGCCGAGCAGAUAUUUCAGCAAACACUAGACCUUCGAAGGGUGGUACUGGGCCCAGAGCACCCCGACACACUCAAAAGUAUGCAUGGCCUUGCGGUUUCCCUUGAGAUGCAGGGCAAGCAUAAUACUGCCGAGCAGAUAUUUCAGCAAACACUAGACCUUCAAAGGGUGGUACUGGGCCCAGAGCACCCUGAUACAGUCGAAAGUAUGCAUAGCCUUGCGGUUUCCCUUGGGAUGCAGGGCAAGCAUAAUACUGCCGAGCAGAUAUUUCAGCAAACACUAGACCUUCGAAGGGUGGUACUGGGCCCAGAGCACCCUGAUACAGUCGAAAGUAUGCAAAACCUUGCG